GCCCGCACUAAAAACUGGAGCCGUUUGAAUAAAUUCAAGAUGAAUAUGAUAGAGCGCAUACACGAAAUGUUCGAGCAAUUGAGUCGAGUCAAAUCAGUCCCUAACGACUAUGUCUCACUAGUCGAAGAACGUCUCACACUAAUCUGCAGGCCUCCCGAUCGUCUUAAGCGUAUGGAAAGAGCCCGACCAAAAAAAGAAUAUAAUUUACACGAUCGGUUGAAACGAGCCCGGCGGAUUUACUUGGAAGUUCUUGAAGUGUUCCCCGGCAUCUUUUUGCCAUUUAUUAUGGCUGUGUCUCCUAACUCAUGCCGGAGCUGGAAAACGAGCGACGUUCGGAAAAAUUUACAGAGCUGCAAAUCAGCAGCAUUGAGUGGCGAAAGAGUCGGUGUUUAUCAAACCACUACAUUCAAGAACAUUCUGGACUUGCUUUCCACCUCGGUGCCUUUGCCAAAGCCAAAAACGAACACUGAAUCAGAUGGGGCAUGGUUCUAUAGCACAGCCGAUGUGACUAGAGCCCGUCAUUUUCUGAGUAAGGACCUAUACGAAGCAUUCGAGAAUUCUCCAAGGCGGACGCGUGAAAAGGAAAACCAACUCUUGACAUCAACGCAGUGCAUACGUAUGAGCUUCCCUCGGUAUGAUCAUCAAGACGCAACUGUACAAUUGGACAUCGGUUUUCAUGAUUCAAUCGUCAAGGCUCUGUUCCCUACAGCAUGGGAGAGAUUCUUGACUGUACAUGGGACUGAGAUGACAAACGUGGAGUCUUCCCAAUUAGCCAGGGAGCCAUCAAUUGCAGAAAUAUAUGAUAAUGCUUGCUUCACAUUUCGAGGCGCAUCAAUGUCAUCAAUCCCUAUUAUCUUUGGAUCUUCGUUAAGUCAAGGCAUCGAAGAGAGCCAACUACGGGCAUGGGAGAUCAAGAAUUUUGUCCUCAGGACAACGGACUGCAUAAGCUUAGAUUUAACGCGCAGUCGGCCCUGCGAGGCAACUGUUACUUUACGUGUCGGGUGGUCCCAUGGGAUAUUCAUGGCUACCAAGCUUUAUGCAUUUGAUGGCUAAUUGUGUCAUGCGAACCGGUGUUUCCCUCUCUUGAUCUUGACUGAGACCUGCUUUGGUAGACCGUCCAUAAAUCCGCUACCUGUGGUUGUCCAUAUCGUGGCCCCGUUCUCAUCGUGAAAUAUUAUCUCCUCACACUCGAAGCAAUAUAACUUCCGCUCGUAAUUCUCCUGUGCGAUGUAGUUGAUAGGGUGGAGAAUACAGUCAUCAAAGUAACUUGGGUCAACUGGGAGAGGUUUCCAUCGCUCGACCUACAAUAGUUAGCGGAGCAAGCAGCAGGAUUUGGCAGAAUACAGACCAGGACUUUUUCAGUGGUCAUAUCAGGAAGCCGUGCUUGGGAAGAAGUCGUGAUAAGAUUUCGUUUGCGAUAAAUUGUUAAGUGUUUUGUUCUUCUUAUAAGCUCAUAGUUU